AUGAAAAACAUGAUGCAUACUUCGGUCGGGGAAGUCUCUAAGGCGUGGCACGACAUUCUCACCAUGAUUCGCCGCGAUUUUCCCUUCUUCAACCGCACCAACGGCCGAGAUCACUUCAGCACGAGCACGUUCGAUCAGGGCCGUUGCCACGCGUUGACGUGGGUCAACCCGGAUUUGUACGGCGAGAUGUUCUUCGUGAUGCUCAACGGGGACCGCCUCGCGCGCACCAUCCACGCUUCUGUCGAGCGAAACCUGCAGGUGCGGCAGGAAAAGCUGCAGGUUCGGGAGGGAAUGCUGCAGGUUCGGGAGGGAAAGCUGUAUGUUUGGCAGGAAAAGCUGCAGGUUCGGGAGGGAAAGCUGCAGGUUUGGGAGAGAAAGCUGCAGAUCAUAGGAUACACAUACAACUCGCCCGUGCAGCCGCAGUUCCCAGACAUUCCAUGCUACAUGCCCGACCGCGAUAUUGUCGUGCCUGCUUUCAUUGGCGAUCAGAUACCCAUGGUGUCGCCCUUCUCUGGCAAUCGCCCCAUUCAAGCCAUCUUCCGCUUCUCAGCCCAGCAGGGCCACAGAGCGCCUCUCAUGCACCACGGCCAUGACUUACGGCCUGAGCUGCUCGCUAUGUACCAGAAGCAGCGCGUCAAGGGGUGGAGCUUUGCAGCGAAAGGGGAGAAUCAGACGAACAAGGAGUGGCAGUACAGCGUUUUCUGCAUCUGCCCGUCCGGGCACUCGCAGUGGACCAGCCGCCCCUUCAAGGCGCUCAUCUCAGGGUGCAUCCCAGUGACGUUUUUCCGCGACCACGACAACCCCUGGGGCGAUGAGGUGGACUAUUCAGCCUUCUCCAUCAACAUCGAUCCGGACGACAUUGCUUCGCUGCGCUACCGCCUCGAGACCGCCCCCGUGGAGCAGCUGCAACGUGGCGUGGAGAAGAUGCAGUACAUGCUCAAGUGUACAUGUUCAAGUGGUCGCGGACACACACAUGGGGUGCGGGGUUGGAACUUUGACAUGAAACCUCACCUUCCACCCCUUACCUCCCCCCCUUCCUUUCCCCCUCUCAUCCCCCCUCCUCGUCACCAGUACAUGUUGAAGUCGUCACCCGCGCGCACACAUGGGGAGCAGAGUACGAGCUUGUGA